AUGCGCUGGGGGAUCUCUAUACCGCUGCUCGCGGUUAUAGGAGUCGAGCAUGCCUUUGCAUCUCACUACCAUCAUGGCAGACCUCACCAUGUGCACCUCAAGCCUCAUGCACAACAACUAGAGCCCCGUGAUGUGGAUUGGGCGGACCGCAUCCCAGCGAACAUGAUGCUAGAAAUUCGGACCAUUACCAAAACUGUCUUCGAAGACUGCGUGUCAACGAACACCAUUGAUCCUGCAACCAACAUAAUCUUCGCGCAAUUAAUACAUGUCCCAACAAACGGAGUAGCAGUCCCGGCGCCUGCAGUGCCCGAACCACCGAAGCAAGAGUGGACCAACGCGAUGCCAAUGCCAACCCAGUCGAUGCCGAGUCAAUCUAUGCCUACUCUUGCCAACGUAGCUAAGCCAGUGCCGGCACAAGACGAACAAACAACCACCGUCCAUACGACCAAGACAGUAACUGAAAUCAAAACUGUCAGUGUUAGUGCCAGCAUCAGCAAUGUGGUUCCAUCUUCCGCGAACAGCUCCGUCGAAACAAGAAUAGAGCUAGUACCCCCUGCACCAACAGCUCCUACAAAGCUCGAUGCAUCACCAGCUCCAGGUCUCCUUCCUUCCCUUCCACAACUCCCACAGGCACUCGAAGAUGCGUCCAAGAAUGUCGUCUCAGACCUCCCACUUUCAGGACUCCCGUCCUUGCCAUUGAGCCAAAUCCUAAUUCCGAACGGACCUGCCGUGCCAGCAAACCUCGACUGGACCGCUCUCCCUAAAGAUGGAGACUUUGCGAUCGACCGCUUCGGCGGACGUAGCAAGCCAUCGGGGACACAUAUUAAAUACCACGGCAACGUUGGAAUUCCCUGGGGGAGCAACGUUAUCUCCGUCAGUCCGACCAAAGCACACCGAUACAAAUACGUCGUUCGCUUCACUGGCUCAAAUACCGAACCCUGGACCAUCACAAUUUGGAACAAGGUCGGUCCUGAUGGCAAGAUGGAUGGGUGGUAUGGUCAUUCUGCAUUGACGUUUGUUCUUGCGCCCGGCGAGACACGGUAUGUCGCGUUCGACGAAGACUCGGAGGGAGCAUGGGGUGCGGCACCUGGGACCGAUGGGUUGCCUGUGGAUAACUGGGGUGGAUUCACGUCUACCUGGGGAGAGUUUUCAUUCGGAGAUGCGGAGAAUGAUGGCUGGUCUGGGUGGGAUGUCUCGGCUAUUCAGGCGCAGAUUGCACAUCAGGAUGUGCAGGGGAUGCGGAUUUGUAUGGCUGAUGGGAAAGGGUGCUCUAUCAUUACCCCUCAGGCUAAGAAGGUGGUUAACGCUUAUACUGAGGCGGACAGACAUCAUGAUGGGAUCGGGGGUGCAGCUGCUCCGGGGCCUGUGAGGUUGAUGGUAGAUAUUAAUUACCAGGAGUACCAAUAA